UUUUACCUUCUCAUCGGGCUCCCCUCGACACCACUUCGAUAUGUCCACCGCCGCCCGCGCCGUUAUCGGCCGCGUCGCUCCUUCUCUCCGCUCCCUCAGGCGCACCAGCGCCGUCCGCGCGCCCGCAGCCCGCACCCGCACGGUCAUGUCCGCGGCUCCCGCCGCGCCCCCGACCUACCUCCUCCUCACCCUCGACUACGUGCCGGACAUCCUGGAGAAGCGCGACCCGUACAGGGCGGACCACCUCGCCGGCGCCAAGGCGCAGCACGAUGCGGGCAAGUGCGUCAUCGCGGGUGCGCUCCAGGAUCCGGUGGACAAGGGCGUGUUCGUGUUCAAGGACUGCGACGAGGCGCACGUCAAGGCUUUCGUGGAGGCGGAUGCCUACUACAAGAACGGGCUCGUGACCGGGUACACCAUCCGCCCUUGGAUGAUCGUCGUCGGCGCCAACUGAUUGGCGCCGCGUAGCUAGUCAGCUUUGUUUUUAGUCGCGCGUGUGAUGAUGAAACUCCAGGGCG